GAACGCACCCAGUGUUUCACCCCAUGGAGGUGACAUCAUAUCCUGGGUUGGACUCUGAAGCUGCUGUUUGCGUUUGUUACAUUGUUGUUGUUUUAGUUUAUAAGGAACAAAAUAACAGUUCGAAUUGUAUUUUUUUUUAAAGAAACAGGAGUCUGCAAAAAUGAAAUGGAUGUUUAAAGAAGACCAUUCUCUUGAACACAGAUGUGUCGAGUCGGCAAAAAUCAGAGCCAAAUACCCAGACAGGGUUCCGGUGAUUGUGGAGAAAGUGUCUGGCUCGCAGAUCGUUGAUAUUGACAAGCGAAAGUACCUGGUGCCCUCUGACAUCACGGUAGCUCAAUUCAUGUGGAUCAUCAGAAAACGCAUCCAGCUGCCCUCAGAAAAAGCGAUUUUCCUGUUUGUAGACAAAACUGUUCCUCAGUCCAGCUUGACAAUGGGACAGCUGUAUGAAAAAGAGAAAGAUGAAGAUGGAUUUCUGUAUGUGGCUUACAGCGGAGAGAACACAUUUGGCUUUUAAAUGUUUAAGCUUGGUUAGUAACCACUGCUAACCCUCUCUCGCACUUUCUUGCUGACAAGCUUGAUUGUACUAUAGAGAUAUACUGGCGUACUGAGCACUAUAUUAAUGGUAUUAUGGAUGCAUUUGUAACUUUGUUCCUAUCCCUUAUUGUAUUUAAGCUGUAUACAUCAUUAGAUUGUAAGAUUAUAUUUAAUUUUUUUUUCUGUUCUGGCUAUGAAUUGUUCUGUUAGCUGUAUUUUAUUGCAAUUGCUUGCUGUUUUUUUUUUUUUUGAGUUAUUUCUUUUGCAAAUAUAUUUAAAAUAAGUUUAAAUAUUUCGAAUGGUAAGGUAGCUGGAUGACCUAACCAAUAAAAAAAAAAUAAAAAAUAAAACUUGUUUUACUGAAAUGCUUAUUUGGUUUUAAAAUGUAUGAAGGUCAUUAAAAAGUGAAGGGAAGUGAGUUGUGGAGGGUCUAGAAUUAAUGUUCAUGUUUAAAGCUUUUGCAACCAAUUUUUAAUUAAUAGAAAUGGAGGUGUAUCUUAACAGUCUUAAUUCUGCUGCCCUUUUCUGCCAGGGGUGAUAUAUUAACCCCCUUAUUAAAUGAACUAAAUAUACUUGAACAAUACAUUGCUGCUUAAAAAGUUUGAGUCGCGAUGAGCUAUACCAUAUUAAAUGUUAUUUGCAUGUUGCAGUACAUACUAGCUAUGCCAAAUCAAUUAUGGUACCUUAAUUAGAUUACAAUAUAUUAUAUGUUAAUUUUAGUGAAUUUAAAUUCAGUAGCUCCUACCUUAAUAAUUGGAUUACAUAUUAUGUAUUUUAGAGUUGCAGGUCCAUUCCGUUCAUUAUCUCCAUUUCUGAUCUCUUCUGAAGAAUAAAAAUGUUCAUCCGAUUUGAAAUAGAGUGCUGUCAUAUUGUGGCUGCAUUCUGAUACAUAUGACAUACGUGUUAAUAAUGCUGUUGCAUCACAUGAAAAUCUGCAUUGGAAAAUGUAGUUUUUGUACAGCCCUCUGUCCAAAUAUUGUAAUAAAGAAAGUAUAUUUCACAAUCA